ACAAAAUCAUUGAUAAUAAAAACUGUUGCUUGACGUAUUUCGUUGCGUUGAAAAGUUUAGAAAUUCGAGGCAUAUUCAGGAAGAUAAUUUUGACGGAGUACGGUUGGCACAGAGUUAAGCCUAUCUCGGUCGUAUCGAAAAUUCGACGAGAAUACACCCUGUGGUGGAACGACCGAGAGAAGAGCAGGCGAGAGCGCAUGAGUCGACCGGCUGCCGGCCGUGACGUCACGCGCGACGCGCAGCCCUACUUUCAAAAGUCCCGACUACCGCUCAGUCGCGCGUCGUGCAUCGAGCGAUGUGUAUGUUUCUCUGUUUAAAUUUCUAUGCGUGACCAUGUUAUUUUGACAGUCCGAUAUUCUACGUCUCCCGCGAGUUUCGUGAAUCUCGCGACGUUUCGAACGACGAGCGCGUGAAAACGCGACGAUGCAGCAGUGUGAACUUGACCGCGGGCGGUGAAUAAAUGUGUUCACGAACGCUAAGCCAUCUUAAAUGCUAGAUCGCAGAACAAUACGGAUAUAUCUAGUACAUAUUUUACGUGAUUUUAACAAUUUCGGCAUGGAUAACGCCCACGUCCGGAUUUCGCGAUGCGGAUCGAAGUGAGUUGUUAGGUUAAGAGGUUUGAGAAUCUCGAGCGACGAGUUCUUGAAGCAAAUUAUAAGUGUAAAUCGACCUGAAAUAAACGUCUCGGAUUUUCGAGAUCAUGGCGCAUCAGCUUGGAACGAUUCGGUGCUAUCGGCUUUGAUCGAAACAGACUGACCGGAAUGAUCGAUUCGAGUUCAAUGACUUCGCGGCGGGUGACUUGUUUUCGUUGUUAAUAGUUAUACGGAAGUAUCUGAUAUCGUAGUGUCGAUGACCAAAGUGCGGGUAGUGUCGCGUAUCAGUGCGAAAUCCGUUAAUAGCAUACGACGGUGUGGCAUCAGUGUGGCGAUUGACUGAUUAGUGUGACGAUGAUUUUAAUUAGUGCAGCGGUCAGGAAGGGAAUGGUCAUGAUGGUGCUGGUGGUGUCGUUGCUGCUUCUACGACCCUAUCUGGCAGCGGGCUCCGACAAUUUGGGCACCCUGAAGACCUAUCAGCGUGCGGCCUGCGAUGAGGAAACGAUGACGUUGAAAUGCCCGCCUGGCACGACCAUCUCUGUCGAACAUGCUCAAUAUGGAAGAGCGGGAAUGCAUGGCAUUACCAAAUGCAACUCGUCCGUUCCUCCGAUGAUCGCGGAGGACAGGCCGACGACGAAUCACACGAAUCACACAUGCAUCUGGCCGCAAUCACUGCAGCACUCAAUGUUGCAGAUGGUGGUCGGAGUCUGUCAAAAAAAGCGGCAGUGCAAGUUCAACACUAAUCCGAAGACCUUCCAGGGUGAUCCUUGCCCCGGAUUAAAAAAGUACAUCGAGGUCGCUUACAAAUGCCGUCCUUAUGAGUUCAGGAGCAAGGUGGCGUGCGAGAACGAUAUCAUCAAUCUCGUUUGUUAUCCUGGCCAAAGGGUGGCGAUUUUCAGCGCAUCCUUCGGUAGAACACAAUAUGAGUCUCUGCAGUGUCCGCAGCCGCGAGGCGUGAAAGAGGAAACCUGCUUAGUGGACUACGCAACGGAAACUGUAAUGAAUAUCUGCCACGGUAAACGACGAUGCUCUGUAGUGGCUAACAGCACAACAUUUGGCAGAGAGGAUCCUUGCAGACCAGACAGUAGAACCUAUCUCAAAGUUGUUUACACCUGCGUUCCGAGAUCGGUGUUACGGGAGCGAUACGAGGGCGAGGUCGAGUCGGACGAGACGGGGUUGAUACACGAGUUUGAGGAAGGCUUCGACAGGGCGGACUUCAGGGCGGAAUUCAGCCCCAGCCCGAACCUCGAAGGACCGCAGCCGCAACCACGGGACAACGUCUCCAGAAAUUUUCCGACCGUUAGCUCGUCCCCGCCUCGCGCGCGAACCAACAACGACGUGGACGCGCGGUUGAACAUGUUAAAGUCGCUCGGUAUCGGAGUGAAAGAUUUACCCUUAUCACCCACGGUUAUCCGGGGGAACGCGAUGACGAGCGACAACGGGGUUGGUAAUGCCACAUCCACGCCGGGCGUCGGUGCCGCAGCUGGGAAUUGUACCACUGUCGUCUACGCGUUUCCGGAGGAAGAUCACUUAGUCGUGGGAUACCUCAAUGAGUGGAUCAAUGCCUAUUCCUUCAUAACGAACAACCAAGAAAAGUUCUACCUCUACAUUAUUAUAUCGGUCAGCGCUGGUAUCUUGCUCUUUCUGGGGUUAGUUAUCGGCCGUCUGUUAGUCAGCCGACAUCGUGCCAAGAGGGAGGCAAAGUUCCACGCAAAUAACGAAACACUCCCGAACGGCUUCACCGACGAUAUUUCCGAGAUCGAUGCCGACAUCGAUCUUACGACAGCGGUCCCAGUACCAAUGCAAGACACAAGACUGCCUGAAACUCAGUUGGCCGAAAGGCUGCACGGCGAGCGUUACUAUGCCGACACGAGGAUACCUUUGUCGCCGACUACCAUUCAUGCUGCAUCGAUUCCUCACGCAACCAACACGGGGAUGCGUGUCGAUCUUGGGAACCACAUGGUUGGCACGGAUAAUCUUCACACGAUCCUUCGCACGGAGGACCCCCGAAGCAUUAACAACAAAAGUUAUUAUUACGGCUGACAAGAGGAAGGGGUUGUCCCGCGCGAGGGACGACCCCCGUCCUUAAGUCCGGUACCGGAAGUGAGCACGCGGAAAUAUUGCUUUUAAUUAACAAAAGAAACGCGCAUACGGCAGAGGCGUACUCGCCGUACUGAGCCGCUGUAAAUUAUGUUGAACUCGAACAAUUUAUCAUUUGUUACGCCGAAUUGUGUUAUAUAGUGACAGUGCAGCCGCAGAGUUGUUGUCAGACGCCAAUGACAAGGAGUUGAUAUUUGUUGAAACAGCACGGUCUGUGAAAAAAAACCUGUGUAACUAUAAAAAUGUCGUCCGUUGCGAGAUUUGCGAAAAUUCUCGAUCAGGAAUGUACGAUCCAUUGUUAGUAAAAAUGACGUAGGAAAGGAAUGAAAAAAAUUGUAGGAUUACAACAUUGCUUCGCUGCAAUAUUGUAACGAGAAUAUAGCAAAUGUAUUUGAAAAGAUCGAUUUGUAGAUAUGUUUAAGACGGCUCGAGUGAUUUCUUUGAGUGGAACUGAAACGGUUCUAAGAAUCAUCGCAAGCAUUUAUGUCAAACUGUGCAUUUAAGCGUCCAAAACAGUUACAUUAAAAAAGAGCAAAACGCGUUAUACAGUCAGGAACGUGACAAGAAUUCACUGGGUGUUGUUACUCUCUUUCAAAUACGAAUUAACAAAAAAAAAAAAA